CUUCCACUCAUUCCCACCCCGCGCGCUGUGAUGUCUGACCCCAAGGAUAAGAAGGGCGAGGCGCCCAACUCCGCUGAUGCGGCCGGUCGAAAGAUCACUCCCAAGGUGGCGGAGGCGCUGUUGGAGAACAACCCCGCGCUCAAGAACGAAUUGGCCGGCAUGGAUAAGGAGAAGGCAGCGGAGGCUUUGAGCAAGAUGGACGUCGCCGAAUUGUUGACUGGUCUUGCCGUGGGUGGAAAAAACCAGAAGGAUAUGGCGUCGUACAAGUUCUGGCAGACACAACCGGUGCCCCGCUUCAAUGAAGCGGCCAAAGAUGAUAGCGGUCCCAUCAAGAUUAUCGACCCUGAGAAGGUGUCCAAGACUCCCGAUGCGCUGGUCGAAGGCUUCGAGUGGACUACGCUUGACCUGACCAACGAUGACGAGCUUCAGGAACUGUGGGACCUGUUGACCUACCACUAUGUCGAGGAUGACAAUGCCAUGUUCCGGUUCAGAUACUCGAAAUCCUUCUUACAUUGGGCUCUCAUGUCUCCAGGUUGGAAAAAGGAAUGGCACGUUGGUGUCCGAGCUACCAAGUCCAAGAAACUGGUGGCUUCGAUCUGCGGUGUCCCGACAGAGCUUCGCGUGCGUGACCAGAAAAUCAAGGUCACGGAGAUCAACUUCCUCUGCAUUCACAAGAAGCUGCGCUCCAAGCGCUUGACUCCCGUCCUCAUCAAGGAGAUCACCCGUCGUUGCUAUCUCAGCGGUAUCUACCAGGCCAUCUAUACUGCGGGUGUAGUCUUGCCCACUCCCGUCAGCUCUUGCCGGUACUAUCACCGUCCAUUGGACUGGCUGAAGCUCUACGAGAUUGGCUUCUCGCACCUUCCUUAUGGCUCCACGAAAGCCCGCCAGAUCACCAAGAACCACCUUCCCAGCACCACAUCUACUACCGGCCUCCGUCUCAUGGAAUCCAAAGACAUCGAUGCUGUUCAUGACUUGUUGGAGCGUUAUUCGAGGCGGUUUUCCUUGAACCAGGCCUUUACCCGCGAGGAAAUCGAGCAUUGGUUGGUACACAAGGAUGAGGAAGGAAAGGAGCAGGUGGUUUGGUCUUACGUGGCGGAGGAUCCCGAAACCCACAAGAUCAACGACUUUGUCUCUUUCUACAACCUUGAGUCUACUGUGAUCCAGCACCCCAAGCAUGACAAUGUGCGCGCGGCCUACCUGUACUACUAUGCUACGGAAACCGCUUUCACCGAGGAUACCAAGGCUCUGAAGGCGAAACUGCUGCAGCUGAUCAACGACGCUUUGAUCAUGGCCAAGAAGGCCAAAUUCGACGUUUUCAACGCCCUCACUCUUCAUGAUAACCCCCUGUUCUUGGAGCAGCUCAAGUUCGGCGCAGGCGAUGGUCAGCUUCACUUCUAUCUAUACAAUUACCGCACGGCGCCCAUCCCCGGUGGUGUCAAUGAGAAGAACCUCCCGGAUGAAGGAAAGAUGGGUGGCGUUGGUAUUGUCAUGUUGUAGAGUCUGGCACUCUUCCAUCACAUUGUUCACAUAUGAGUUUCUAUUCUCCUGUAUCUGUUAAGAUGUGGCGGGUUAUGAGGAAGCACUGCUGCACUCAUGAAUAAUUCGUCCUGAAUACGGAGCACAUAAGAUUCCCC